CUGAGCGUGAAAUUGUCCGUGACAUCAAGGAGAAACUCUGUUACGUUGCCCUGGAUUUUGAAAAUGAGAUGGCCACGGCUGCUUCUUCAUCAUCCUUAGAGAAAAGCUACGAGUUGCCUGAUGGUCAGGUGAUUACCAUAGGGAAUGAGCGUUUCCGUUGCCCAGAGACCCUCUUUCAACCCUCCUUCAUUGGUAUGGAAUCGGCUGGCAUUCAUGAAACUACCUACAACAGCAUCAUGAAGUGUGAUAUAGACAUCAGAAAGGACCUUUACGCCAACAAUGUCCUAUCUGGUGGGACCACCAUGUAUCCUGGCAUCGCAGAUCGUAUGCAAAAGGAGAUCACCGCCCUGGCUCCCAGCACUAUGAAAAUAAAGAUUAUUGCUCCCCCUGAGCGCAAGUAUUCGGUCUGGAUUGGAGGAUCUAUUCUCGCUUCUCUUUCCACAUUCCAACAGAUGUGGAUCAGCAAACCAGAGUACGACGAAGCUGGCCCAUCCAUUGUUCACCGCAAAUGCUUCUGAGCUGCUUCUCCUUCUGUGGAAAAAUACUCUCUUAAUUAGCCUACCCCAAGUACCUUCCUUAAAAUUAGCUUGGGUUCCCAAUAAGAUGUAUUUGAGGUUUUUAGGGGGCAGAGGAGGAAAGAAUUGUAAACAUGCUUUUCGGGUGCUUUGGAUUUUUAUUAAUAAACCUCAACUUUUUCAUACUCUA